AUGGCAUUCAUGUGGGCACUCGCCUGCUUGGCAAUUGUCAGCACUGUCUCAGGCUGCGGGGUGCCAGCCAUCAGCCCCUCGGUGGAGUCCACUGAGAGGAUCAUCAACGGGCAGACCGCAACCCCUGGCUCAUGGCCCUGGCAGGUGUCCCUGCAGAGCCGCUCUGGAUCCCACUUCUGUGGCGGCUCCCUGAUCAACCAGUACUGGGUGGUCACUGCUGCCCACUGCAACUUCAACCCCUAUUCCCAUGUCGUCGUGCUCGGGGCAUAUGACCUGUCCCAACCACAGUCCGUGCAAGUGAAGACCGUGGCCAGGGCCAUCACGCACCCCAGCUGGAACCCCAACACCCUCAACAAUGACAUCACGCUGCUGAGGCUCUCCUCGCCUGCCCAGCUGAACUCCCGCGUGUCCCCCAUCUGCCUGCCCCCUGCCAACCUCAACCUGCCCAACAACCUCCAGUGUGUCACCACCGGCUGGGGGCGCUUCAACCCCAGCUCCCAAGCCUUGGCAUCCCGCCUGCAGCAGGUGACCCUGCCCCUGAUCUCCCAGAGCCAGUGCAAGCAGUACUGGGGCAACAGAAUCACCAGCUCCAUGCUCUGCGCCGGCGGCGUGGGAGCCAGCUCCUGCCAGGGUGACUCCGGCGGACCUCUGGUAAUCCGCAACGGCAACUCCUGGAUGCUGAUCGGCAUCGUCUCCUGGGGCACCGGCGACUGCAGGACCAACACGCCGGCCAUCUACACCCGCGUCAGCCACUUCCGCUCCUGGAUCGACGACACCGUGGCGCAGGGUUAA